AUGUUUCUAGUAACUGGUAUAGGAUUCUUUACAGAUGCCUAUGACCUAUUUGUCAUAAACCUGGUAUCAGCAAUGCUUGGUGUCACAUAUUUUGGAGGCGAUGGCGAAGUGCCAAAGAAUAUUGAUUUAGGCCUGAAAAUGUCUGCUGCAGUUGGAACAUUGCUCGGACAAAUAUUUUUUGGAUUAGCGGCUGAUCGAUAUGGAAGAAAAAAGAUGUAUGGAUACGAGCUUAGCAUAAUGAUCAUUGCUACUCUUGGACAAUCUCUCUCUAAUUCAACUUUCUCGAUGCCAAUUUAUGUCUCGAUAAUAAUAUGGAGAACUAUUCUUGGAAUAGGGAUAGGUGGUGAUUAUCCUAUGUCUGCUGUAAUAACAAGUGAAUUCGCAACAAAGCAUAGAAGAGGUGCUAUGAUGGCAGCUGUAUUCUCCACUCAAGGUUUCGGAAUAUUAACAGCGGCUGUAACUGCGGUCAUUGUGCUGGCAAUCUAUAAAGAUGAUAUUCACAGAGAUCCAUUGUAUGUGGAUUAUGUAUGGCGUAUAGUAACCGGAAUGGGAGUUAUUCCUGCAAGUAUAGCACUUUAUUAUCGAUUGACAAUACCGGAGACUCCACGCUUUACGAUCGAUAUAGAACGAAAUAUCGAUCAAGCAGCGAAUGAUUUCCGGUCGGUGGUGAAGCAAGGAAGAGCACCAGUUCCAUUGGAUGAUUAUACUUCACCCUAUAUAGAUGUUCCAAAACAUAGCUGGCAAGAUUUUAAAGAGUAUUUCGGAAAAUGGGAAAAUGCUAAGGUUUUAAUCGGGACUAGCCUAAGCUGGUUUUUGCUUGAUGUUGCCUUCUAUGGAAUAGGCUUGAACAACUCGAUUAUUUUAAAUGCAAUAGGAUUUAGCAAUUCCCCACACCCAUAUGAGCUUUUGUGGAAUCUCUCAGUCGGCAAUAUCCUUGUUACUAUGCUUGGUACUGUUCCAGGAUAUUGGUUUACAGUAAUUUUUAUAGAUAAAUGGGGUAGAAAAAUGAUUCAGCAAAUGGGUUUUGCGAUCUUAACUGCACUGUUUUUGAUUCUUGGUUUUGGCUACAAUACGAUCAAAGAUACAUCGCUAGUUAUAUUCAUUACAAUUUUUGCGCUCGCUCAGUUCUUCCUAAAUUUCGGUCCAAAUUCGACAACCUUUAUUCUACCAGGCGAGGUUUUUCCAACACGUUAUCGAUCAACGGGACACGGAAUCUCGGCAGCAUGGGGAAAAUUCGGAGCAAUUAUAGCACAAAUAGGCUUCAUUCAACUAAAAGAUAUAGGCGGAGUGAACCAAUUUGUGGAUCGUUUGCUACAAAUUUUCGCGAUUUUUAUGUUUUUAGGAUUCCUAACGACUUAUUUCCUAAUACCUGAGACGAGACAGAGGUCAUUAGAACAAUUAUCAAAAGAAGAACAAGUGGGAUUUGUAAAGGAAAGGAUACGACCUGAACCUGCGGUAAAGUUUCCAGAAGAUUAUUAUGAUGAAUAUGAUUUCCCUAUGCAACAGCAAGUAGUGGCAGGCAGCAGUAGAAAUUUUUCUGGAUAUGACUUCGAUCAAUAA